AUGGCGACAUCGAGACACAAAGACAUCGAGCCCGAACAUCUUAGAUUUGGGUUCCUUCUUCGCCAUGUCGAUGAUGAACCUUCGAUUGCCGAUACACGGUCCCUCACCCAAGCUAUUCGAAGAAUCAUCCAAACCGCCGUGAAUUUUGCAGUGAUUGGUGAAGUCGAUGGCGCAACUAGGCUUCUUGAGACACUAAAGAGCAGAGGUAUUGAUCCGUUCCAAUACUCUGACUCUGAUUAUCCUUUCUUGAAGCCUUGCAUGUUUUUCGCCUGGGAGGCAACGUCGUCAUGGCCAUCUUGGAUCCCCGAGGAAGAACGCAUAGAAGAAAAGCUUCAAGAGCUUGAAGUUGAAGGACGAAAGCACUGGAUCGAGCGAUUCAGUCAGGAAUGGGACGUCACAGAAGAGACCGCCGAAAAAGCUUUGGACAUGGCGUAUAACGGGCUAACUACGAACCUGCCUGACUUCAAUGGGACACUUGCCGGACAGGUCGUACAGGCAGAAACCAUGGCCAAAAAUGGGGUCUUCUCAUAUUCAGCGAGUCCAAACGGGCCGAUGUCUGUUAGAUACAUGAAGAUAGCCAUGUGGUGGCGUCAAGGCAUUUUCCCUUACCCAUAUGUUCAGCUGUACCGCACUGCUGGUUUGACGAUAGCCCUGGAUAUAUAUCUACGCCUGGGCAAGGAAGGAAAAGCUCGAGAGCUAUUCAUGAAAGUGUGCGAUCGUUUUGACACAGAAGAGCAAGUCGAACAGCUCGCCUGCUCUCGAGCCGCGUGGAAGCAGAUUCUUGCUGUUCCCGAGCGGCCCAUCCUGGACUUUCUCAACAUUCACGCUGCCAAGCUCCGGCCAGCCAUAACUCGUGCAUGUCAAAUGGCUGAGACUCGUCUGGAGAAUGGACCCAGAGGUCGAUAUGCAGGCCAGUCUAUUGAGAAGCUGGUCCGUAUUAUCAGCGAGAAUACGUUCAAAAACUGCCCCUACGACAGGCUGGAUGCCUAUCGUCCGCCUGAUAACCUCCGGAAUCGACCAAAAGAUGCAGAUGGUCUACUUCGACGGGGAUGUACCGUUUCGGGUAUACGAGCUUUGGAGAAGCGACUGGGCAUGACUCUUCCAGAAGAUUAUAAAGAGUUCCUCAGCAUCACGAAUGGUCUUGGCUCAAUGUGGGACGGUCAGAAUCUUGUAGACUACCUGGCUGGUGCCCAGGACGCCAAUUGGCAAGAGGUCGACUUUCUCGAAGGCAAUGAGCUUCCUUUGCUGAGUAGCCGUAAGCCACUACCAGGGACGGGAAACAUGCUGGAGUGGCCAAAUUUCGAAAAGGCUCGAUGUAUCUGUCUGUCGGGCGAUAUCAACGACGAAGACAGGGCUGGCCAUUUAUUCCUCAUAGGUCAGGAGCGACUUCAGCCAGCCAAAGAUUAUUUCUUCAAGACCUAUGAGGAAAGAAAUGACACCCAGCGUCGUGAGCUUGACCGCCUUGUUCAAGAGACUUACGGGAGCAUGGAAAAUUUCAGGAACCUUGAAUGGGGACUGAUUAGUUGGACUGCAUGGGACUUUACCGUUUUCCCGUUCAAUGGGAUCCAAGACUUCUUGGAACAGAUGGCUGAGGCGUCUUUGCGGCCGGAGAGACCUUGGCUGAACAUGUUUGAGCCGAGAUUUAGAAAGCUGGCCAAUGCGUAG